UCAUAAAUACGCUGACGUCACAAUGUAAUGGCUGCUCUUAUAAGCAUGCAUUAAUUAUGUUCGUUUGCAUUAUGUUCGUUGAUAUGUAGAAGAUUACUUGUGCAUUAGAUGUGGACAGCAACAUAGUGCGGAGUGAACUAAAGGGUAGAGAUGCGGCUAUCGAUGCUAACGUUGUCAAUCAUAUACAUUGAAUGUGACCUCCACAUCACGUCGGGCCAGGGCGAAGGUCGUCAGAAUUAUGUGGAGAUUUGCAAACCUAAUGAUCAAGACAUGGUCAAGACAUGCAGGAAAGUGAUGACUGCUUGCUACUGUGCAAAUACAUGGAAAGUGAGAUGUGAUAACAAGGACAUCUGGAUUGGCAGUCUUACAUUGGACAAUGGAUGUCAGACUCUGUCCGGAGCGACUGCCGAUACUUCUAUCGAAAAUUUAAUACAGAUGGGCACUGCAUCAGCUGACAAUGAUGACGAUUUGAAAUGUGUCAGGCAUCAACUGCCCAACUGUGCAGCAUAUGUAUGUGCAAGGAAGGAAGGUGACUGGAACCUGCAAUCUUGGCACAUUUGUACCGAUGGAGAUACUUCUGGUGAGCAAUCUAUGUUAUAUGUAAUUGUUUUUUCGUGUGUAUGUUGGGAAACGCCGUACUCAGAAAACAGCUGUAUGACAGCAUCCUGUAAAUCAAAUGUUUACCACAUUAUAUAGUGGUCGAUAUAAUGAGCAACAAGACGUUCGGUUACGGUAACGCGCUAUCGAGCAAAUCAGUCACGAAACCUGACGCCGUAUCCCUCUGCUCACCUCUGAUGACCAGCAACAUGGGGCAGGGAUAUUGUAUGGUAUCAACAGGGGAGGGACUGAUUUGUUAGGAGCUGCUUUAGAUGCAGCAUCA